AUGACUAGCAUAUAUACGUCUGAUAUCAAACAUCAUAGACGGGCACCCCCGCCGCCGACUAGCGAUAAAAUGCUGGUUGCUAUAGAUAACAAGCCCAAGCAAUGGAAUAUAAACUCUAAUAAAAGGCAAUCCGGGUGGGUCUAUUUAAAAGAUGACGGGAUCUUCACAUCGUUUAGAUGGAAUAAACGAUUCAUGGUAGUGAACGAUAGAACAUUAAACUUUUAUAAAGCUGAACCAUCAAGCUCGCUUACUGGAGAAAUAACUAACUCAAAUAGUCCCGAUUUAUCCUUUCCUUUAAAUUUGAUAAGUAGUAUCAAUUUGAAACCAAAUAGUGGAUAUUCUAAAAACUGCCAAACAUUUGAGAUAUUACCCAAAAAUAACGGUAAAUCGAUUCUGAUCUCGAUCAAGUCUCAACAUGAUUACUUAGAUUGGCUAGACGUUUUUACAACAAAGUGUCCGUUAGUGAAUAUCGGAAGCCAAAACUCUUCUGCUAUCUUAAACGGGAAUGCUGGAGUCUCCAAUCCUAUCAACUUCACUCAUAAAGUUCAUGUUGGCUUUGAUCCUGCUAGUGGAAACUUCACCGGUUUGCCAGAUACCUGGAAAAGUUUAUUGCAGCAUUCCAAAAUCACGAACGAGGAUUGGAAGAACGACCCUGUUGCCGUCAUAGAGGUUUUAGAAUUUUAUUCUGAUAUCAAUGGUGGUUCAGCAUCUCUGACACCUGUAAACCUGCCUGGAAUUAACUCCAGCAAUAAGAUGAACGCCAAUCUUCAAGAAUGGACCAAGCAUCCAACAAAGAAUCAACCACUGUCUAGCACGACUGGAGCAGUUCCUCUUACUCAAUUUAAACCAUCGAGAACAGCACCCAUGCCUCCUCCAGUACAAAGCAAUCAGCUGCAAAACCCUACUGCAAAUAUCUCUCCCUUGAAUAAUUUAUUACAUCAGUCUAAGGACCCAGGCUCUUUGGAGCCAAAAACUGGAUUGGUUCCUGUUCGAAGAGCGCCUCCUCCCCCAGGUCAACAGGGAACUUCUGUAUCUGCUUAUAAAAAUUCUACCUCAAUUGCACCUCCUAAAGGUUUAGGUAUUGUUGCCGCUCUGAAUAAAGGUACCACACUGGGAAUACCUAAGCAGACUCCUCCUUCAAUGCCAAAGAAUAAGAUACACCCUGAUUUGAAGAUCAACCAAACUUUAGAGACGAAAUAUCCCUCACCACCUAGCACAGCUCCCGCAUCCGAUAAGCCUUUUAUGAAAUCUUUCGCUUUGACAAAUAAUAAUAAUAAGGAGAAGAAGCAAGUAAGAGAAUACGAAAAAUCAGAGAGCACAGGAUUACCUGAAGCUGCAUCAAAUAUUCAAGUACUCAAACAAGUAUCUUCCAAUGUUAGCAAAGACACCGCUGCAGUUGCUAAAAGUCAAAGCACGAAGCCUCAGGUGCUUGCUUCUGGUCCCGCACAAACAAAGACGGCCAAGCAGAUAAAGAGAGAACGUGAAAAAUUGAACGAAAUGCAAAUUAUUGCUAAGCUUAAAACUGUUGUCAGCGAAGGUGAUCCGAAACAACUUUUCAAGAUCCUUGAAAAGGCUGGCCAGGGCGCUUCUGGUGUCGUUUAUUUGGCUCUGUCUGUAAAGGAUAGUAGUCAGAAGUUUGCAAUCAAACAAAUGGACUUAAAUGUACAACCAAGAAAGGAACUAAUAAUAAAUGAAAUUCUUGUCAUGAAAGAUUCGCAACAUAAAAACAUCGUUAAUUUUUUGAAUUCAUAUUUAAUUGGUACAUCCGACUUAUGGGUUAUUAUGGAAUAUAUGGAAGGAGGCUCUUUAACUGAAGUUAUUGAAAAUAAUGAAAGCAAAUUAACAGAAAAGCAAAUGGCAACAAUCUGCCUCGAGACAUUGAAGGGAUUACAACAUUUGCAUAAAAAACAUAUUAUACAUCGGGAUAUUAAAUCAGACAAUGUCUUAUUAGAUUCGAAAGGUAAUGUGAAAAUUACGGACUUUGGAUUUUGUGCAAAGCUUACUGACCAAAGAGCAAAAAGAGCAACGAUGGUGGGAACUCCCUAUUGGAUGGCGCCUGAAGUAGUUAAGCAAAAAGAGUACGAUGAAAAGGUCGACGUGUGGUCGCUAGGUAUAAUGACGAUUGAAAUGAUCGAAGGUGAGCCUCCUUACUUGAAUGAAGAACCUUUGAAGGCACUUUAUUUGAUUGCAACAAAUGGCACACCUAAACUCAAGAGACCAGAACUCUUGUCUAAUUCUAUAAAGAAAUUUUUGUCAAUUUGCCUAUGCGUAGACGUCAGAUAUAGAGCACUGACUGACGAAUUGCUAGAGCAUUCAUUUGUUAGACAUAAAUCUGCUGAAGUUUCUGAGCUAGCUCCACUUCUCGAAUGGAAAAAAAAUCCCCGACCUGUCUCAUUCGACGAUGAUCUCUGA